AGAAAAAAGGAUCCAAAAACCCAAAAGGGGGAAAUAGAAACCGCCAGACUGUAUAUAUAUACACACACACUCUUCCCCUCCCCCACUAUACCCGUUACCUGUUUCCUGCCUACAAAACCCACUGGGGGAUCUCUCAACUCAAGACCGAGCACAUUUUCACUUCCUUUCAAGCUCUGCCCUUUUCAUUUAUCCUUUUUAUCGUUUGAGUCACAUUCACUGAUCCACAGCUAAAGCAGCCAAUUUUCUUUCUGCUACUCUCUAGUAAAAGAGGAGCUUGGAUCUGGACGAGUUAGAAUGGUUUGGGUUUCAUUACCAGUCGUGGGUAUGUUGUUGGUUUGGUGGUGGGUAGGUUUCAGUGCGGUGAAUGCAGAUUACAUCAAGUACAAAGAUGCUAAUCAACCAGUGGCUUCUCGAGUUGGAGAUCUUCUUAGCAGAAUGACUCUUGAAGAGAAAAUUGGUCAGAUGGUACAGAUUGAUCGCAGUGUUGCCAAUGUUGAUACUAUGAGAACUCACUCCAUUGGCAGUGUAUUGAGUGGUGGUGGCAGUGCACCCCUUCCAGAAGCUAGCGCUGAGGACUGGGUUAACAUGAUUAAUGAAUUUCAGAAGGGAGCUCUAGUUAGUCGUUUGGGCAUUCCAAUGAUCUAUGGCAUCGAUGCUGUGCAUGGACACAACAAUGUCUAUAAUGCUACAAUAUUUCCGCAUAAUGUUGGGCUUGGAGCUACCAGGGAUCCUGAAUUGGUACGAAGAAUUGGUUCUGCAACUGCUCUUGAAGCCCGAGCUACGGGGAUUCCUUAUGUAUUUGCUCCAUGCAUUGCGGUCUGUAGAGAUCCAAGAUGGGGUCGGUGUUAUGAAAGCUACAGUGAGGAUCACAAAAUUGUGCAAGAAAUGACGGAGAUUAUUCCAGGUUUACAGGGAGAUAUUCCUGCAAACUCUCGGAAAGGAGUUCCAUAUGUUGGUGGAAAUAAAAAGGUUGCAGCUUGUGCGAAGCACUUUGUGGGUGAUGGAGGGACAACCAGGGGCAUUAAUGAGAACAACACUGUGGUUGACCGUCACGAGUUGCUUAGCAUCCACAUGCCUGCCUAUUCUGAUUCAAUCAUCAAGGGUGUCGCAACAGUGAUGAUUUCCUACUCCAGUUGGAAUGGGGAAAAGAUGCAUGCAAACCGCGACCUAGUUACUGGCUUCCUCAAGGGCACCCUUAAGUUUAAGGGUUUUGUUAUAUCAGACUGGGAGGGUGUUGACAGGAUUACCUCCCCACCACAUGCAAACUACUCAUACUCCGUCCAAGCUUCAAUUCUAGCUGGACUUGAUAUGAUCAUGAUCCCUUUCAAGUAUAUAGAGUUCAUUGAUGAUCUCAUCUCCCUGGUCAAAAACAACGUUGUCCCAAUGGAUCGAAUUGAUGAUGCUGUGGGAAGGAUUCUGCUUGUCAAGUUCACCAUGGGUCUUUUUGAGAACCCUUUGGCUGAUCUCAGCCUAGUCAAUGAGCUUGGAAGCCAGGCUCAUAGAGACUUGGCAAGGGAAGCAGUCAGAAAAUCACUUGUGCUUCUGAAGAACGGAAAAAACGGAACAAAUCCAAAUCCGGUCAUACCUCUUCCCAAGAAGGUGUCCAAAAUCCUAGUUGCUGGCAGUCAUGCUGAUAAUCUAGGUUACCAAUGUGGUGGAUGGACAAUGGAAUGGCAAGGAUUCAGUGGCAACAACUAUACAAGAGGAACCACAAUCCUCAGUGCCAUAAAAUCAACAGUUGAUUCGAGCACAGAAAUUAUCUACCGUGAGAAUCCUGAUGGAAAUUUUGUAAAGUCCAACAACUUUGCAUAUGCCAUUGUUGUUGUUGGCGAGCACCCUUAUGCUGAGACUUCAGGAGACAGCAUGAACCUAACGAUGGCAGAGCCUGGCCCAAGUGUCAUCAGCAAUGUGUGUGAAAGUGUCAAGUGCAUUGUUAUCAUAAUUUCUGGCAGACCUAUUGUAAUUGAACCAUAUAUUUCCUCAAUUGAUGCCCUGGUGGCAGCAUGGUUGCCAGGCACUGAAGGCCAAGGUAUUACCGAUGUCCUUUUUGGGGAUCAUGGGUUCAGUGGAAAACUUCCAAGAACAUGGUUCAGAACUGUAGAUCAACUCCCAAUGAAUUUUGGGGAUACACACUAUGAUCCACUUUUCCCUUUAGGUUUUGGAAUCGAAACUGAGUCAAUCAAGGAGCUUGUAACAAGGUCGACGUCAGAUGGUGUCGUUGGAAGGCCAUGCAUACUUGUCCUUGUGCUUGCUCUAAUUCUCAGCUUAUAGUUUAAAGGAAGGUUUUUAGUAUAUUUCCACAGCAUUGGAUUUGGUAGAAUGAGCACAGCCAAAGUACUAGAUAUUAUUAACCUCUGGUGCAUUGACAGCAGCAAUUGCCUCAUGUUCAUGUUCUUGUCAGUACUCUCAGUUGCUUAUAUUAUGCCCCCCAAAUCCUUCAAUGUCGAGCCAUAGCCGUCGGAUUCACAAUCUGCCUUUCCAAAGAUUUAUUUUGAUUGUAAUGACCUGCAAAGUAUUUUAUCUUUGCUCGCAUAAUUUCAUGGAGAAUAAAUCACAUACUACUUUGGAAUGGGGCUUCUGAUCAGCAAAUACAUUGUUAUUGACUCAACUCAAAACUCCAUGACUAAAGUAUUAAUUUGAGAAUGUUAAGGUUAUGGACAUUGCUGAUCAUAUAUGCUAAAUAUGAAGAAUCAGGUUCAGUCCUCA